UUCCCACAAAGUCAACAGAAAAUGAAGUGGCGCGAAACAGGUACCAUAGGUUAUCGGCUGUGGCCACAACCACCUUUACGUUAAGAAACAAUCACCAACGCUGUGUGCACUGCGCACCCAUUCCUCCUCACAACAUCAGAAACACCAUUACUAAGCUAAUCUGCGCUUCUGCUUCUGCUUCUUCUUACUAUUAUUAUUGCUAUUAUUCUUCAAUGGCUUCGGUAACUUUUUCCGCGCACUGCCUCCUCCACAAACCCAAUUCUCUUUCUUUCAGUUUCUUAGCCUCGGACAAAUUCAGGUUCGGACGAGUCGGAAAGAACACGAAACUUGGAUUAACGCUGUGCAGAGCAGGUUCGGCUCUUGCCUUUCGAGAUCUCGACGCCGAUGAAUUUCGCCACCCUCUUGAUAAACAGAACACGCUGAUACUGAGAGCGAUUCCAGGAUUAAAUGAAUUGGGGAAAGCACUUCUAGGAAGUGUCGCAGAGCAGGUCAUGCUCCUAGAGAAUAUAGGGACAUCUGUCCUUGUUUCCAAAAAUCAGCUUCCUGAUCUUCACCACUUGAUGGUUGAAGCUGCACAAAUAUUAAAUGUUGAUGCCCCUGAUCUAUAUGUUCGUCAAAGUCCUGUGCCGAAUGCAUACACAUUAGCUAUAAGUGGCAAACGACCAUUUGUUGUUAUUCACACUAGCCUUGUGGAGCUCUUGACAAGAGCAGAGUUGCAGGCUGUUUUGGCUCAUGAGUUGGGUCACCUAAAAUGUGAUCAUGGAGUGUGGCUUACAUAUGCAAAUAUUCUAACCCUCGGAGCUUAUACUGUACCUGGCAUUGGAGGUAUGAUAGCUCGGACUAUGGAGGAGCAGUUAUUCCGGUGGCUACGAGCUGCUGAGCUGACUUGUGAUCGAGCAGCUCUACUUGUUGCUCAGGACCCUAAGGUAGUCAUCUCUGUCCUCAUGAAAUUAGCUGGUGGAUGCCCAUCUAUGGCUGAUCAACUAAAUGUCGAUGCAUUCUUGGAGCAAGCUCGCUCUUAUGAAAAAGCUGCUUCCAGCCCUGUUGGGUGGUACAUAAGGAAUGCACAAACAAGGCAACUGUCACACCCUUUGCCAGUUCUACGCGCUAGUGAAAUCGACGAAUGGUCUCGAAGUACAGCUUAUCGAUCUCUCCUGAAACGUGGAAUACAGAUUGAAUCACUACAACAAAAAAUCUAGCACUUCCUUAUAGGCUUUGUUUGUUCAAAAUGUGUUACUGCUCAAUGUUCUUCCUGCAUUUAGUGCAACCGAACGUGACAGAUGAUCAAAUGGUGUCAGGAACCAGUAGAAUUUAUGAUGGAUAUACGACUACAGGAGACAAAAUUUCUUAUUCUAUAAUGUAAAUCUACAAAUGCAUCACUGUGAUUUUUAUAUAUGUCAGCUAUAUUGUAAGUAUAAAUUUAGCCAGAAGAAUGAUUAAUAUCUCAUAGAUAUAUAUUACUCUUUGAAAGGAAGUAAUUACUUGUAUAAUUCUAGGAUAUAAAUUCUCUUCACUUUUGACAAUCCAUUAUGUAAGUAUAUUUUUGAAAGUUUGAAUGUGUUGUGAUGUAAACAUUUUAUGAGUAAAUCGAGCAAAUUAUUAUUUUUA